UUUUGGGUGUGGUAUCUUUUUAAAAAAUCAAAUUCAGAUCAAAAUGAGUAAGUUUAGUAUCAAAACCAGCAUAGUGAAUGGCGUUCCAUUCCCUUCAUUCAUCGAACAAACCAAGUAUGAUGCAUUGGUAGACUUACCGCUGUACUCCAGUGAUGUCUUUCUUGUCACUCACAUUAAGUCUGGGACGACGUGGCUGCAGCAAAUAGCAACACUUCUCAAAAUAUCUGGUGAGAAAAUAGGCUUAGAUCAUGAGAGCAGACACAUUCUUGAAGCUUGCCCUUGGUUAGAAGUGAUUGGCAAAGAAGCUGCAACGGCAGUUUCCUCUCCUCGUGUUUUUAAGACUCAUCUUCCCUACCACAUGAUUCCAGGAGGUGAUCCAGCCACCUCAGUUGCUAAAUUUAUUUAUGUGAUUAGGAAUCCAAAGGAUGUUGCUGUUUCAUUGUACUAUCAUGCCCGUCUUUUAAAAUCAAAUGAUUUUGAUGGAGAUUGGGAUUGUUUUUUUUGAACUUUUUAUGGAAGGGAAGACUGUUAUGGGGAGUUGGUUUGAUCAUGUCAUUCCUUGGUUGAAGCAUAAAGAUGCUGAAAACAUUCUGUUUCUAAAGUAUGAGGACAUGAAGAG